UGUUCUGGCGGUAUUUCCUGUACCGCUGUCGGGAUUGUUAUGUGUCAGGCAGUCUGUGAAUUGGUAAGAUGGCGGCCGCGGCGGUGGUCGAGUUUCAGAGAGCGCAGUCUCUCCUCAGCACGGACCGUAACGCGUCUAUCGAUAUUUUACAUUCAAUAGUGAAGCGGGAUGUGCAGGAGAGCGAUGAAGAGGCGGUGCGGGUCAAAGAGCAGAGCAUCCUGGAGCUGGGGGGCCUGCUCGCUAAGACCGGCCAAGCGGCAGAGCUGGGCGGCCUGCUGAAGUACGUGCGGCCGUUCCUGAACUCCAUCAGCAAGGCCAAGGCGGCGCGGCUGGUGCGCUCGCUGCUGGACCUCUUCCUGGACAUGGAGGCGGCCACCGGCCAGGAGGUGGAGCUCUGCCUGGAGUGCAUCGAGUGGGCCAAGGCUGAGAAGAGGACCUUCCUGCGCCAGGCCUUGGAGGCCCGCUUGGUCUCCCUGUAUUUAGACACCAAGAGAUACCAGGAGGCGUUGCUGCUUGGCUCUCAGCUCCUGCAGGAGCUGAAGAAGAUGGACGACAAGGCGCUGCUGGUGGAGGUGCAGCUGCUGGAGAGCAAGACCUACCACGCGCUCAGCAACCUCCCCAAAGCCCGCGCCGCCCUCACGUCAGCCAGGACCACGGCUAAUGCCAUCUACUGCCCGCCCAAGCUGCAGGCCGCGCUGGACAUGCAGUCAGGCAUCAUCCAUGCGGCAGAGGAGAAGGACUGGAAGACGGCGUACUCUUACUUCUACGAGGCGUUCGAGGGAUACGACUCUAUCGACAGCCCCCGAGCAGUCACGGCGCUCAAAUACAUGCUCUUGUGCAAGAUCAUGCUCAACUUGCCGGAAGACGUACAGGCUCUGAUCAGUGGAAAGCUGGCUCUGCGGUAUGCGGGACGGCAGACAGAUGCACUGAAAUGCGUAGCACAAGCCAGUAAGAACAGGUCGCUGGCAGACUUUGAAAAGGCACUGACAGAGUACAGAGCAGAGCUGAGGGACGACCCCAUCAUCAGCACCCACCUGACCAAGCUCUACGACAACCUGCUAGAACAGAACCUCAUCCGCGUCAUUGAGCCCUUCUCGAGAGUGCAGAUAGAACACAUAUCAACGCUCAUCAAGCUCUCAAAGGGAGAUGUUGAGAGGAAAUUAUCACAGAUGAUUCUCGACAAGAAGUUUCACGGUAUAUUGGACCAGGGGGAAGGGGUCCUGAUCAUUUUCGAUGAGCCCCCUGUAGAUAAGACAUACGAAGCAGCCCUGGAAACCAUUCAGAACAUGAGCAAAGUUGUGGACUCGCUCUACAACAAAGCCAAGAAGCUAACAUAGAACUCAAGACUGCAGCACAAUGGAGAAUGUGUGUGAUCGGCGUGUGGAACAUUUGGGGGGAAGGGGGAGGGGGGGACCUGAAAGAAGAUUAAAUGAAGAAAAAAAAAAGAUAGAAAAACCCAUAAACUGCAGUGGGAUUCGUGGCCCCUUCCACUUUCACCCGGAAAGUUUUUAACGUCUCCCUUAACGGACGAAAUUUCAUUACAUUAUCAUCACAAUUUUGUUUCGCCUUUUUUUUUCUUCUCGUUUCUUUUACAGGUUUGUGUGCAAACACUCAGCGGCCUCAGCUGGCCAUCAGGGAAUACUGUAAAAUAACAAAGAACAUAUACAUUAUAAAUACAUAUAUAUAUAUAUAUGAAUAUAAAUUUCUUGCGGAAUUAAAUGGGUCGGUUUACACUGCCCAAAGAGUCUAGUUUUGCCAGCCCUUGGUGCAAUGUUGUCCGUUUGCCCUGAAAAUCAGAAAAUCUGGAGAAGCAAUGUUCCUUCCGGAAGAUCCCUCAGAUGAGAGUGUACCUCCUUCCUCAUCCCCCACUAUUUUUUUUUAUUUUUAGUAUAUUUUUUUUUUUAAACCUCCCAACCAAAAGCUCACUGACUGCUCCGUUCCUUCAGGGCUGAUGGUGAAGAUCGGAAAGUGUUAAGGGAAAAACCCUGGUAGGUCAGUGUGGUCACCUGAUAACGCACGCUGUUCCUUCCUGUCAUGUCAUUUCCUGUUUGUACAUACCAUUGCCAAGCAUCCCUUGUCUACCCCUCAUGCUGUCGUCUUUUUUAUAACGAUAAACGGAAUAAAGUAACGGAAAGCCCUG